ACAUCAUCCACAUAAACACAUCCCUUUAGCCUUAUCUCGUUAUUAAUAUGUUGACUUCUUUAACUCGCUUCACAGUCGCUCUUGCUCUCACUUCAUCUGUUCUUGGUGCUGCUAUUCCAGUAGCGACAGUGACCACUGAUACCACCGCGACUGCUACUUCCUCUGCUGCUAGUAGUGAGGUCACUGCCGCUGGUGCUCUGUGGAAGAACAACGUUCAUGACAAGAUCUCUGAACCACCUGCAGUAACAGCAAUUGCAGAAGGCAGACUUGCUCCUUCCCGGCGGUCCGGAAACCUCUGGAGGGGGAGGGAACACGAAGAGGUCGCGCGUGAUGGCUUGGCACCCUCUCGCCGAUCCGGUGAACUCUGGGAGGGGAUCGAGCACCAAGAGGUCGCACGAGACGGAGGAGCACCCUCUCGCAGAUCUGGCGAGCUCUGGCGUGGACUUGAGCAUGAAGAGGUAGCACGAGACGGAGGAGCACCCUCUCGCAGAUCUGGCGAGCUCUGGCGCGGACUUGAACAUGAAGAGGUAGCACAAGACGGAGGAGCACCCUCUCGUAGAUCUGGCGAGCUCUGGCGCGGACUUGAGCAUGAAGAGGUAGCACGAGACGGAGGAGCACCCUCUCGCAGAUCUGGCGAGCUCUGGCGCGGCCUUGAACAUGAAGAGGUUUCCACUUCUCCUGAUGCUUGA